AUGAGGAUCUUGAUUUUUGUCCUCACACUGAGCGUUUUCUUGUGUUCAGGGUUCCCGGUGUACGACUAUGAAGUCCCUGUCACAGAAGAGGCUCUCAAUGCUUCCAUUGCAAGGAUCAAUUCUCGGUCAUGGGGGACAAACCUGUAUGGUGUUGUCAGGAGCCAUGUCUUGAGAGUAAGUGUGCAGACGAUGGAGAUCCUUUACCUGAAAUAGGCUUUGCUCAUUCGUGAAACUGUGUGCCCAAAAGCUUCAGGGAGAGACCCGUUCACAUGCGACUUCAAAAUUGGGCCUUUUGUGCCAACCGCUUUCUGCAGAAGUGUUGUGGAAGUGUCCGGUGAGCUGAUCUCAAAUGUUAUUGUGCAGUGCCAUCGAGGCUUAUCCAGCUCUGAAUCUAUGAGCAGCGAGGAGAUGAUUCAUAUGCCGAUAAUGAACCCUAACAGGCAAGGCAGCCAUCGCAGAGAAGAUAUAUUUGCUCCUGAAGCCUUCCUUUCAAGAGGAAGAGGCAGUGGCCAUGGAGACUGGCAUAAACCCAGCUAUUUCAGCUCUGGCAAGAUUGAAUAA